AUGACCGGAGAACUCGUUUUCAUCACCGGAGGCAGCGGUCACGUCGGGUUUCGCGUGCUUGUGCGGGCGCUCGAGGCCGGCUACCGCGUGCGGGCUGCGGUGCGGAGCCCCGACAAGGCCCGGCAGAUCCUGGCCACGCCUUCCAUCCAGGCUCUUCAGCCCGGCGACGACCGGCUGUCGUUCGUGCAGGUGCCGGAUCUGACCGCUGAGGGGGCCUACGACCAGGCGAUCCAAGGCGCGCAGUAUGCCAUCCACGUGGCCUCGCCGAUCCCGCAACAAACCCAGCUGAAUAACCUCGAUCAAGACACUGCCAGUAAUGCCCGCCUGGUCGAGCACUUCAUCGACCCGGCGGUCCGCGGCACCCUGGGGCUGUUGACGGCCGCGCACAAGGCCGGCACCGUCCGACGAGUUGUGAUCACCUCGUCCGGCGCGGCGAUCGUGCCGUGGUCGUUCGUGGUGUCUGGUGGCGGCGUCGGGAGGGUGUUCGACGCCAACAGUCGCGUUCCAACUCACCCCGCGGACUACAAGUACAGCUCCGCCUUCGAAGCCUAUGCGGCAAGUAAGGUGGCCGCAUUGAACGAGGCAGAGCAGUGGUUGGCGACGACCCGACCGUCUUUCGACGUAAUUCAUCUGUUCCCCGGUUUUGUGAUCGGACGGGAUGAACUUGCCCAUACCCCAGCCGAUCUGAUGCGCCCAUCCAACCAGGAGGUGCUGGGGCCGGUGGCCUACGGGGCCAAGGACAGAUGCACUCCCAAUGCUGCGGUCCAUGUGGAUGAUGUCGCCGACGCGCACGUCCGCUGCCUCGACCCCAUUGUCCCGGGGAAUCAGGGCUUCAUCCUCUCUUCGGGAGGGGUGCAGGGAACCGAUUGGCAGGACAGUCUUGAGAUCACCGCGCGCAGGUUCGGAGAAGAGGUCGAGUCGGGCCUGCUGCCGAACAACGGGCAGAUUCAGUCAAUUCCCAUUCCUUUGGACACGAGCACGUCGGAGACGCUGUUGGGGAACAAGUUCCGCUCGUUCGAAGAGCAGGUCGUGGAUAUCGUGUCGUAUUAUCUUCAACUGGUGGCUGCUUGA